GCUCAGGGGAGGGUUUCUAUGGUGACCGAAAGCGUCCACACGGGACUAGCUCAAUUUUAUCGAGGGUACAGCAGUUAGAAAGCCCACAAACGUGGAAAACGAACGUUCGACUCCUCCCAAUUUGUUAAUAACUUAAUAUUUAAUUAAUUACGAUGUCGAUGUACGUUAAUCCUCUCAUGUACUUAAAUCUCGGAGGAGAAAUGCUUUAUGUCAUUCAACAUAGACUCGCCGCCCAGAAAAUUGAAGAGCGGAAAACAAUUCAAGUACUGGACGACAUAACAGCAUCGUUCUUGAAUCCUAAAAUCCUGGCAACUGUCUUUCAAAAAGCCCCAUUAAUCAAUUUAACGUCCUUGCGAACAACCCUGGAGGCGAUAAGUCUCAGCUCGAUUAUGAAACUGGGCCAGAGUUCCAUGAACAAACUAUUCGAUCUCAUGAUGAUGAUGUUCAAGUAUCAAUUGAUUGCAUGCACUGGCCCGAGGGAAGUGAUCCUGGUGACUCUCAAUCACAUUGACGCGUUGAGGGACAUGGUCACACAGACCAGUGCACAUGAGUGCAUUACCCUGGUUCACAGGAUGAUUGUGGAUGUUUACGGGGAAUUGACUCACGACGAGAUCUGGCAGGCGAGAAAUGAGUGCCUGAUUGCCCUAGCCACCAUAAACGUCAGGGUUUCGGUUCUCCUGAGGCUUGGCCUUCAAAAUGACGACACAACAUUCAACAUUUUGCCUCAGAAUUACGAUGAAAAGUUCGAGGAGAGAAGGAGCGAAGUCGGAACAGUCAAGUUGCUCGAGGGCAAUCAGAAGGGAUAUAAUUUGGGGUCUUUCAAAUUGUUUGGACAUCGUGUUACACUGCUAGGAAAAAAUAUAUAUUCCCCGAAUUACAUAAAAGCAGUGAGAUGCAAACCAUUAAAAAAUCGUGACAAGUGUCUGAAAGACAGAGGAACAAGGGCGGAACUGGGAAUGUUGGCAAAGCAAUUGGGGACAGAGGAGACCUCCUCCGUUCCUCGCCCCUUCAGCCUCGACCUCUUCGAUGACUCUGGGGUGAUCGAGAUCGAUGACAAUAGGAACGACGAGAGUGAGGAGGCAGGAAAGACGGGGGAGACCCUGGGGAAGCUCGAUGCAGACCACAAGGCAAAACUAGACAAUAUUUCGGCAGAUCUGGAGGGAGAGGAGGGCAUUGACAAGAAGAUGAACCUUCUUCAACUGCUGGACGAAGUGGAGUGA